CCGUCAUGUCGCGCCUUCGCGGGAAAACUGGUCUAGUUUGGCACACGGUUGAUUAAGUUUCUUAGUUUGUUUGAAGGUCUUUUGUAUGGUAAUUUCAUCUAAAUUUAGUUUUUAAUAUUGAUUUACGACCAGUUAAGUUUAUUUUUUAGGAUAUUAGAAAUCCACAUAUUAUUAAAAUUUGCUUCUUACACUUUCCUAUAAAGAAAAGUUACAAUGGAGAAGAAAUUAGGCCUAACCCCAACUGAGCGAAAAUAUCCUCGAAGGAAUAGAAAAGCAGUAAAUUACGAAGAACGUUUUUUAGAAUCUUCAAUGGAAGAUACACCUACGUCACGAAAACGGUCGAAGUUCGCAGGGAAUGAUUCUUUAUCUGAUGGUGAAAUUGAAAAUGGAGAUAUAAGUGAAACUAAAGAAAAUGAAGCAGAAGAAAGUGAAACAGAAGAAAUCAGUGAAUAUGAGAAAUUAAGGCUGAAAAAUUUGGAAGAAAAUAGGCGCAUGAUGAUAGAGUUGGGGCUCUUGAAUCCUAUGAAAGAGAAACAAGUGAUAAGAAAAAUCCAAAAGCCCAAGGUCAAAUCUAAACCAAAACUUCAGGAUACAACGGCAAAGACAACUCCAACAAAAUAUUCUCUGCGCCUGCGUGGGAAAGCUUCUGGGAAAGACGUUCUUCUCGAACUUUUUCAAGAAUCUCCAACAGUUACACCAGAUUCGAAAGAAGAAAAACAAAGGAUUGAAGAAGAGGUACUUCCUAUGAGUCAAGAUGGGGAGAGUGUAGAUUUUUUGGAGGGGUUGAAGGUUAUUCUCUCUCAAGAGUCUUCAGUGUCAAGCACAGGCUCUAUGGAUGGUUUGAUCCAGGACAUGCGCCAAAUGCAGCUGACUGCAGUGGCUAAAGUUAACAGCUCUCGGAUUCAGGGGAUUUGUGUCCAUCCUCUGGAGUCUAAGCUGUUGGUCAUCUCUGGUAGCACGGGAGGGGAGUUGAGUUUAUGGAACGUGACGGAAGGGGAGGUGGUGCAGUUCAAUCCCCACAAGGCUCCUAUCAACUGUGUGACUGCGGAUGAGACUGAUGUUAGCAAGGUGUUCUCAACGAGCCACGAUGGAACUGUGCGCCGUGCAGAUCUUAACAAGAGUGUCUUUGAUUUGGUCUACCAAACAGAUGAGAAGAGCAAUUUCUGCCACAUAACUUGGCAUGAACAAAUAGACUCAAAUACUCUCAUGGUUGCCCACGGUACUGGGGACGUAGGGGUUGUAGACCUGAGGGCAAAGGCAGUCCAGAAUUGGUACGACUGCCAUCCCCGCUCAAUCCGUACAAUCCACUUACAUCCGACUCAACAACAUUAUUUCUUAUCAGCCUCAGGCUUAGGAGAAUGCAAGAUCUGGGAUUUACGCAACAGCAAGAAACACACAGACCAGUUUGUGUCAGAGUUAACCUCACCAUCUAAAGGGAAGGGUCUGACAUCUGCUUUCUUCUCUCCCGAUGGCUCCAAAAUAGUCAGCACUUGCAACGAUGACUACUUACGUUUCUAUGACACCUCUGAUCUUGCAAAUCCUAAAGAAACUCACAAGGUGAUGCACAACAACCAUACUGGUCGUUGGUUGUCAGUGUUCAAGGCUGUGUGGCAUCCUCGAAGCUCUGAUCUGUUAUUUAUUGGAAGCAUGCAGAAGCCUAAUCUGAUUCAACUGUAUAGUGCGACAGGACAGCUGAUGCGGGAACUGAAAGGUCAAGAGCUGACCACCAUCUGCCCUGUGAUCAGCCUCCACCCCUCCCUCCCGGUGUUGGUGGGUGGGAACAGUUCUGGCAAAGCUCACCUUUUCACUAUCCCGACCAUAUCAGACCAGCUGGUGAAGAAUGAAGAAGAUGAUGAUUCAUCCUAAACUUCCAUAUAAUUUCUUCAUUUAUCUUAAUUUAUCUUCAAUGUAAAAUAUUGUAUAUUUUCAAGUUCUUAUAGUUAAUUUCACAAAGACAACAGAUUAAUUGUUUUUUUUUUCUUUCACAACACCUACAUUACUUUGGGAUUUAUGAAGUUUGAAUAUUCUGCAUCUAUUUUUUUCUAAUGGUUAAAAAGAACUAAAGUGUUUGUUUUAUUUUAUGAAGUAAGUUAAAAUUAUUAUUAUUAAAACUAAUAGAAACUUAAUUAUUACCAUACUUUAGUUAAAAAUAUAUUGCUAAAAUGUGUUUAUUAAUAAUUUGUGAGUUUUAGUUAUAAAAACGUUAUACUUAGUUUUUAAGAGAAUGAAAUUCUGGAAUACAAUACAUCUUAUUUUAUUGUAUUUUUAUACUUUCUGUUUGUUUACAUAAUUUAUAAGGUGACCAACCAAAACGUGUCCGUUGAAUAUCACUCAAAAAUUGAUCUUAGGAGCUUCAAAAUGUCAGCAUACACAUUACUGUUGAGCUUCUCUACUCAGUUUGUAACCAGUAAUUGAAAAUCAGAAUUUAGCUUUGACUCGUCCGAUCAACAUUACCUUCUCACUAUCUUUUUGAAAGGACAAGAAUGCUUAAUAAAACACUGUUUUACUCAUCUUUGUUAAUAACGUUUACUCUAUUCUGACAUUUUUCUCAUAUUAAUACUGUUACUUAUGAAGUUUUCAAAACAUUAUAUAUAUAUUUCAUAAUUUAAUUUUGUAAUACCCUUUUGUGCCUUCCUUUGGAUUUGUAAAAUAUUUUUAUUCUUGUAUAUAAUUAUAUUCUAAGAUACAACUUAGUAUAUUGCUAGAUAUAACUUUUAAUGUAAUUAAAAUCUGUAAAUUAAAUCAAAUAAAGCUAACGUUAUAUAAGUUCUGUA